GUCUGUUUCCAGUCGGUAACAUUAUUCGCCUAGUGUGCAUCUCUGAAACUAGCUAGCUAGUAGCCGCUAAACAUGGCUACAGUUCUCCCACCCAGACCUUGCGAUAGCAACCCUGCAACACCGGGAGCCCAGUCUAUAAAGGAUGACAUUGAGGAAGUUUCCAAUGAUGGCAGUCAAGCUCCAAAAAGGCGGCGCAUGGGUUCAGGCGACAGUUCCAGAAGUUUCGACACCUCCAGUCAGGAACUUGGGCCCACAUACUUCUCAGCAGAAAAUCUGACUGAGUACAGGUGGCCCUCAGAUGGCAGUGGGGAGUACUAUAUGUUGCAAGAACAAGUCAGUGAAUAUCUGGGAGUGACUUCAUUCAAGCGAAAAUAUCCAGAUUUGGAAAGGAGAGACCUCUCCCACAAGGAGAAGCUAUAUCUGAGGGAGCAAAAUGUCAUCACCGAGACACAGUGCACCUUGGGUUUGACUGCUUUACGAAGUGAUGAAGUCAUUGAUUUAAUGAUCAAGGAGUACCCGGGCAAACAUGCUGAGUAUUCUGUCAUUCUCCAAGAGAGGGAGCGUCAGAGGAUAGCAAAAGAGUACUCUAAAAUGCAGCAACAAAACCCUCAGAAGGUUGAAGCCAGUAAAGUGCCAGAGUACAUAAAGAAAGCUGCCAAGAAAGCUGCAGAGUUCAACAGUAACUUCAACCGGGAAAGGAUGGAAGAGAGAAGGGCAUAUUUUGACCUUCAGACACAUAUUAUCCAAGUACCCCAAGGGAGGUAUAAAGUUCUUCCUCCAGAGAGAACCAAGACUGGACCCUAUCCAGUGGCCCUCAUCCCUGGGCAGUUCCAGGACUAUUACAAAAGGUACUCUCCCAAUGAGCUGCGCUACUUGCCCCUGAACACAGCCCUGUUCGAGCCCCCCCUUGACCCGGAGCUGCCUGCCCUGGACAGCGAUGGGGACUCGGAUGAUGCAGAUGAAAACAAGGGAGAAGAGGGCAAGAAAAAUUCAGACAGCUCAUCUGGAAACACCUCAGAUGGGGACAGUCAGGACAGUGGAGUGCAGUCAAAGGGCAAGGCCAAGGACAGGACUGCCACCCCGGCUAAAGAUGCCACCCCACGCCUCAACCAACACAAAUCUGUCCCUGGGUACAAGCCUAAGGUCAUACCCAAUGCUAUUUGUGGCAUUUGUCAGAAGGGUAAGGAGUCCAACAAGAAAGGAAAGCCAGAAGCUCUCAUUCACUGCUCACAGUGUAAGAACAGUGGUCACCCAUCGUGCCUGGAUAUGAGUGAGGAGCUGGUGGGCCUGAUUAAGACCUACCCGUGGCAGUGUAUGGAGUGUAAGACGUGCACGGUGUGUGAGCAGCCCCACCACGAGGAGGAGAUGAUGUUCUGUGACAAGUGUGACCGGGGCUUCCACACCUUCUGCGUGGGCCUAGACUCCAUCCCUCUAGGUUGCUGGGUUUGUGAGUGUUGCAUCAAGGAGUUCUCAACGCCCAAGAAAAAAGGAGGAAUAAAAACACCCAAAAAAAUCUAAAUCUGCACACAAAUAGAAUGUGAUUACUGACAGUGAUCAACUCAACAAGCUAAUCCUCAAUUUUAAAGAUACUUUUUGUACUUUUGAUUAAGACUAAGUUUGGUAAUCCUGUAUAUAUGGAUUUACUUUGUCACAAUUGGAUUUGAAAUGUCAUUGCCACUGAAGUAAAAAAAAAAUAAUAACCCAUGACUGCCCUGAUGUUUCAUUAAAGAAAAUAUUCUUUAUUUAUAGCCUAUUCCUCUCAGGUGACAGUUACAAUAGAAUGCUAAAUCAACCACAACAUGUUAUGUGAAGUUUCUAAGGUCAUAGUCAAUAGAACCAGACAUACAGCAGGCACCACAAUAGCUCCUUGUGCAUAUUUGACAAGGACUGGCUUAAAAGCGACCAAUUAGUCACCUGGAGAGCACGGCCCUGUUUAGCAUCUGUCUAGGUGAGAGUCAAAGGGGAUCAGUUUGCCUCUUACUGUCCCUUUGGGCCCAGGUGAUGCUGUGAAGUCGUAUAGCAGCUGCCACGUGGCGACCAGGUAGACUACACUAAGUGACAGAUGCAUGCAUGUCCCUGUCAUCUGAUAGGUGAAGGUGUGGAGUACAAUGGGCAGUUGGGUACAGCAGCGAGCCACACUGUAACAAUACGCGUGUGAACGCUUGGCAUUAAAAGGGCAGUGUUCCACUCAA